AUGAUGUGCCUGGACUGCGCCGCGGCGGCGGCGGGCGGCGCGGAGGACGAGGAGGCGGACGCGGAGCGGCGGCGCCGGCGCCGGGGGGCGCAGCUCGGAGCUGGCGGCGGCGGCGGUUGCUGCGGGGCGCGGACCGCGGGCGCCGCUGGAGCGGCGGGCCCCGACGACGAGGUGCAGACGCUGUCGGGCAGCGUGAGGAGGGCCCCGUCGGGACCUCCCAGCUCCCCCGGCACCCCGAGCUGCGCAGCCGCUGCUGCCAAGGGCCCCGGCGCGCAGCAGCCCAAGCCCGCCAGCUGGGGCCGCAGGCGAGGGGCAGCCGCCGCCAUCCUCAGCUUGGGCAACGUGCUCAACUACCUGGACAGGUACACCGUCGUAGGCGUCCUCCUGGACAUCCAGCAGCACUUCGGGGUCAAGGACCGAGGAGCCGGACUGCUGCAGUCAGUGUUCAUCUGUAGCUUCAUGGUGGCGGCCCCCAUCUUCGGCUACCUGGGCGACCGCUUCAACCGGAAGGUGAUCCUCAGCUGCGGCAUCUUCUUCUGGUCGGCGGUCACGUUCUCCAGCUCCUUCAUCUCCCAGCAGCACUUCUGGCUGCUGGUCGUGUCCCGGGGGCUGGUGGGCAUCGGGGAGGCCAGCUACUCCACCAUCGCGCCCACCAUCAUCGGCGACCUCUUCACCAAGAACACGCGCACGCUCAUGCUGUCCAUCUUCUACUUUGCCAUCCCGCUGGGCAGCGGCCUGGGCUACAUCACUGGCUCCAGCGUGAAGCAGGCAGCCGGAGACUGGCACUGGGCCUUGCGGGUGUCCCCUGUCGCGGGCAUGAUCACAGGAACGCUCAUCCUCGUCCUGGUCCCAGCCACGAAGAGAGGCCACGCCGACCAGCUCGGGGGGCAGCUCAAGGCACGGACCUCGUGGCUCCGAGACAUGAAGGCCCUGAUCCGCAACCGCAGCUACGUCUUCUCCUCCCUGGCCACGUCGGCCGUGUCCUUCGCCACGGGGGCCCUGGGCAUGUGGAUCCCGCUGUACCUGUACCGCGCCCAGGUCGUGCAGAAGACGGCAGAGGCGUGCGGCAGCCCGCCCUGCGGGGCCAAGGACAGCCUCAUCUUUGGGGCCAUCACCUGCUUCACGGGCUUCCUGGGCGUGGUCACGGGGGCAGGAGCCACGCGCUGGUGCCGCCUGCGGACCCAGCGAGCCGACCCGCUGGUGUGCGCCGUGGGCAUGCUGGGCUCUGCCAUCUUCAUCUGCCUCAUCUUCGUGGCCGCCAAGAGCAGCAUCGUGGGGGCCUAUAUCUGCAUCUUCGUUGGGGAGACGCUGCUGUUUUCUAACUGGGCCAUCACCGCAGACAUCCUCAUGUACGUGGUCAUCCCCACGCGACGGGCCACCGCCGUGGCCCUGCAGAGCUUCACCUCCCACCUGCUGGGCGACGCUGGCAGCCCCUACCUCAUCGGCUUCAUCUCCGACCUGAUCCGCCAGAGCACCAAGGACUCCCCGCUCUGGGAGUUCCUGAGCCUGGGCUACGCCCUCAUGCUCUGCCCUUUCGUCGUGGUCCUGGGCGGCAUGUUCUUCCUCGCCACGGCCAUCUUCUUCCUCAGCGACCGGGACAAGGCCGAGCAGCAGGCGAACGAGCUGGUGAUGCCACCCGCAUCCAUGAAGGUCUGA